GGCAAAGACGUAGGUAGGGUCUGUUUUCUUCAGUGCCAGCUAGGCAACAUCUGUUGUUCUUCCGCAGUUUCCCUGCAAUCUUUGGAUCCCGUGCGGAAAAAAUAUACAAUAUACACAGACAUAUCGCAGUUCAUCAUGUAUCAGCUUAUAAGGAAAUUCGUGUUCACCGAUUCGCAUUGUUUGGAGGAGGACAACUCGAAAAGUUUCGCGGAGUUGUUUGAGAAGUUGGAUGUUAAUAAAGAUGGGAAAGUGGAUGUUUCUGAGCUCAAGACGGGCCUGGCUGCUAUGGGCUUCUCUAUGGGCAAAGGAGAAGCGCAGAAAAUUGUUGCCUCUGGAGACACUGAUAAGGAUGAGGGGCUGGACUUUGAGGAGUUUUCAAAGUAUCUGAAAGAACAUGAGAAAAAACUCAGAUUGACCUUCAAGAGUCUGGAUACAAAUGAGGAUGGUCGCAUUGAUGCCAAAGAGAUUCAGCAGUCACUUAAAGACAUUGGCAUAAACUUGACAGAUCAAGAUGCAGAGAAGAUCCUCCACAGUAUUGAUGUGGAUGGAACUAUGUCUCUGGAUUGGAAUGAAUGGAGGGAGCAUUUCCUCUUCAACCCAGCAGAUAACCUUCAGGAAAUCAUACGCUACUGGAAACACUCCACUGUGUUGGAUAUAGGUGACAGUCUAAGCAUUCCAGAUGAGUUCACUGAGGAGGAGAAGACCACUGGCAUCUGGUGGAGGCAGCUUGCUGCAGGGGCCGUGGCAGGGGCGAUCUCUCGAACAGGAACCGCCCCCCUGGACAGAAUGAAAGUCUUCAUGCAGGUUCAUUCCUCAAAAACCAACAAAAUCAGUCUGGUGGGUGGAUUCAAGAAGAUGAUUAAAGAAGGGGGCGUGGCCUCUCUGUGGAGGGGUAAUGGAGUCAACGUCAUAAAAAUCGCUCCAGAAACUUCAAUCAAGUUCAUGGCGUAUGAGCAGUACAAGAGGAUGCUGACCAGAGAUGGUGGGAAAGUCCAGUCACAUGAGAGGUUCAUUGCUGGAUCUAUGGCUGGCGCGACCGCUCAAACGGCCAUCUACCCAAUGGAGGUAAUGAAGACCAGACUCACUCUGGGGAAGACCGGUCAGUAUUCUGGAAUGUUUGACUGUGCUAAGAAGAUUAUGAAGAAGGAGGGUGUGAAGGCCUUUUAUAAAGGCUAUGUGCCCAACAUCAUUGGAAUUAUUCCGUAUGCUGGAAUAGAUUUAGCAGUGUAUGAGACCCUGAAGAAUGCCUGGUUGUCUCGCUAUGCUAAAGACACUGCUAACCCAGGAGUGCUGGUUCUUCUCGGUUGUGGGACCAUUUCCAGCACAUGCGGCCAGUUGGCCAGUUACCCUCUCGCUCUGAUCCGCACACGCAUGCAGGCCCAAGCGUCAAUGGAGGGAUCAGAGCAGGUGUCCAUGUCCAAGUUAGUGAAGAAGAUCAUGGAGAACGAGGGUUUUUUCGGGCUGUACCGUGGGAUCUUGCCCAACUUCAUGAAAGUGAUCCCAGCUGUCAGCAUCAGCUAUGUGGUGUAUGAGUAUAUGAGGUCUGGAUUAGGCAUCUCGAAAUGAUGGAUUUUCGUAUGACAGAGUCUUGCAUGUUUUACACGCACAACUUUUAACCACCUCUCUUUGAAAACACCCUCCAUGAUGGGAAAAAAAAAACGUUUUGUUCAGUAACCAAAGUCUGGAAAAAGCCAUGAUGGUGUCUUGCCUUGAGGUUGGGGCCCAACCUAAUUAAUGUUUACACUGAAAUAUAAAUGUACCUAUGUGUAGUAAAUAAAUUUCUGAAAUAUUCUGAUAAUAAUUUGAUCCAUUUAUAUGCUUUUAUCAUGUGACCAUGUUGUGGUCAUGUAAUAGCUGACCAGAACACUGAAGCCAUUGUGAGCCAGUGCACUAUAAU